AUGGAGACUGCAACACCGUCUGAGAUUCCGCUGCAGUACAAGGACACGACCGUCGAUGCGUUCAGAGGAACGUCGGCUUGGACAGGUAGUUUCCUCGAAAGCGAAGAAAUGCCGGGCCCCACUGACUUGUGCGGCUCGCCGGGCCUGGUCGAGGCUUCCCAAAUGCCGUGCGGCGAGUCCCGCGACAGCGCGACUAGCGGCGAGACGGCGUGUGCUGGGCGCUUCUGCAGGAAGUCGCAAGAAAGUAAGCUUGACGCUCUUAGGCCGAAGGAACCCACGCAAACCAGGGAAGUCAUCCUCAACUUAUCCUCCUACAAGCCUACUGAGUCUGAAGCCGCUCUUCUGCACAAGGGCUUGAACUUCAACACUGGCGCGUCACCCAACCCAGCUAGAGUAAUCUGCGCCGUGGAACGCGCCGUCUCUCAACUUCCUUCCGAAGUAAGAGAAGAAGCUCGCACCCGCGCCAUUGGUGUUCUUUCAAAGUGGCGGACGCGCAACCCUCAAGCCCGAUUUUCACCUGCCGAAAAACAAGCAGUCAAGGGCCUCCGGAACAAUGACUCCAUUGCCAUCCUUCCGGCAGAUAAGGGAAAUGCCAUCGUGUUGCUCGACAGAAGUGACUACAAUGAGAAAAUGAAGGAUUUGCUAUCAGACGAGGAUACGUACGUCGCGAUCCAGAAAGACCCUACGGUCAACCUGCAAACAAAACUGCAGAAGCUCCUCUCCAAGGUUUUUAAAUUUGUUCCACCGCAGCAAAAGCAUCUCUACCAUCGCCUCUUGUGUACUAACGGGUCCGCACCUGCAAUAUACGGACUACCAAAAGUUCACAAGCCAGGCGUUCCACUACGGCCUAUUGUAGACUUUACAAGGUCACCGCUGCACCGGUUAUCAGGUUACCUACACCAAGUGCUGGGCCCGCUCACCGGCAAGACAGCGACGCACAUUUCAAAUUCUUCAGCCUUCGUGGAGAAAGUGCGCGACGUCUCCCUGGAUGAAGACGACAUUAUGGUGUCAUUUGACGUGAAGUCGCUCUUCACUUCAGUGCCUGUUGACCUGGCCGUAGCUACGUGCAGAGAUGUCCUGCUGGCGGAUGACACGCUCGCUGAGCGCACCCCUUUGGAAGUAGAAGACAUUUGCGAGCUUUUAGACUUCUGUUUGAGCAACACCUACUUCACUUACAACAAACAGUUUUACAGGCAGAUCAACGGAACUGCUAUGGGUGCUUCCAUUUCCGUUACUACCGCUAACUUGGUCAUGGAAGUCAUUGAACAGAAGGCCCUCACUGACUUCGCUCCCGCGCCGAAGGUUUUCGUCCGCUACGUAGACGACUGUUUUUGCAUUGUGCGAAAGCCGGACGCUUCACGCCUCCUGCGUCUUCUCAACUCGGCAGACGCAGCCAUACAAUUUACCACAGAAUACGAGUGCGACAACAGCCUUCCCUUCCUUGACGUCCUCGUGCGGCGAAGCCGGCGGAAUGGCACCAUUACGCCAGCAGUCAUUGAUAUAAUCUGUCAGGUGGGUGAUGGAGGCAUCAUCCUGAUUACGGAGGGCUUUGUUAGUGACCCCAUCGGGCCCAGGGACAGAACGGCUGUUUAA